AUGACGCCUUCGUACGGCGCCGGUCUUGACAUGGUGUUGGACAUUGCCCGUGGACAACGAAAGUUCCGUCAGAGCCGGAGAAAUGAUACCCUGCUCCACGAUGCAGUGGGAGGGACCGUGGCGGAGGAUGUGGCCAGCCCAAAGUCCUCGCCCGAGUACGACACCUCAGCUAUGGAUGGCUAUGCCAUCUGCUCCAGAGCCACCACCGAUGCCACCCCAGGAACGCCUAUCAUGCUGGCCGUCCAAGGUACAUUAGCUGCCGGGGAUGACCCAGCAGAGGCGUUUACGGUGGUUGAACGCAGCCAAACUACCAACAACCAAUGCUUCGAGAUUAUGACGGGCGCUAUUUUCCCGCCCGGUUACGAUGCGUGCGUUAAAGUGGAGGACACAGUCCCGGUGGAUGGUACAGAGGUCAAAUCCAUUUUGGUAACACGGCCCGUCCCGCUCAAUGCGCACAGGAGGCUUGCUGGAAGUGAUAUUGCUAAAGGAGAUAUCAUCAUUCACCGCGGUGAUAUCCUUCAACCCUCGCAUAUUUUGCCGCUAGCAUCGGUUGGAAUUAAGUCCAUUCCGUUGACAGCAAGUCCAAGGGCCGCAAUCUGGUCAACUGGAAAGGAGAUAGUGAUUGGGACAGGGGCUACGGGGGACACCAAUGGGCCCUACCUCACAGCGGCGCUCAAGGAGAUGGGACUCCAGCCGGAGUUUCUUGGUGUUUUGGACGAUGACAAGCACAGUUUGCAAAAGCAUAUCCAAAGUGUAGCCGCCGCUGGGAGCUUCGAUGUGAUCAUUACCAGUGGGGCCGUGUCCAGGGGAAAAUUCGAUCAUAUUAGAGCCGUUCUGGAACAGAUCGGGUCAACGAUUGUGUUUCACGGCCUAAGAGUGCGACCGGGCCACCCCGUAUUGUUCGCCGUCAUCCCGGGACCUAACGGCAGAACACCCUUCUUCGGUUUGCCUGGGAAUCCCGGAGCUGCGGCAGCAUGCUUCAGGUUCCUGGUCGCCCCAUAUCUCCGGACCUUACAAGGGCGAGCCAAAGAACAGCCCAUCAUGGCAAGACUAAGUACGGCAACCAUUGACGUCAGAACCCAAGCACGGUUGUUCCGCUAUACCAAACACAGAUUGUUUCCGCCACGGUCUGUUAUCAACCUCUGCUACCGGCCAACUGAUCGUCAGAUCAAGCGUCGACCAAAGCCCAGCCAAAGUCGGCCCCUUCGCUACGACGAACUGUUGGAUCCAUUUACACCCCAAUGA